AUGUGUUUAGUAGAAGGCUAUGGCACCAGCUCAGACUCUGAUUCAGACUUUGAUGAAAGCAAAUCCAUCGAUAAAAAAAAAAAAAGAAACUUGCAUAAAGAAGAUGCUUCGUAUGAACCCUCUCAGAAUAAUAUUCGUAAAAGAAAAUUACAUUUUACAAAGUCAGAACUAAAAAGAAGACGGAAAACUCGUAAAGGAGGUGGGCCGUGGGGCAGUUGGUCAAGUAGUGACGAUGAAACUUCACAAACCAGCGAAUCUCAUACACAAGAACAGGAUAUCUUCAUGCACACACUAGCUGAGAACAACCAAGAUUUAGAGCAGACAGAGACCGAAGAAGUCUCCAAUUUUUAUGGUAAAUCGGAAAAGGAUUAUCAAGGCAGAGGAUAUUUACAUCCUCCAAAUGAUGUGGAUGUUGAUCUUCGUGAGGAAAUAAUGUCCUCUCGGUGUUACUUGCCAAAAAAAGUCAUACGCAACUAUCCAGGGCAUCCAGAUGGGACAACUGCACUGAAGUUUUUACCAAAAACUGGACAUUUAAUUCUUUCUGGUGGUAAUGACCAUAUUAUAAAAAUUUGGGAUUUUUACCAUGACUAUCAAUGCCUACGAGAUUUUCAAGGUCAUACCAAGCCUAUCAAGGCGUUACGGUUCACCGAAGACUGUCAAUCUUUUCUGAGUUCUUCCUUUGAUAGAAGCGUUAAAAUUUGGGAUUCUGAAACUGGUAAAGUGAAAACUAAGCUGUAUCUUAACUCAACACCAGCUGAUGUUGAAUCUCGACCUUCUAACCCCCAUGAGUUCAUAGUGGGUUUAUCGAAUUCGAAAAUAUUACACUAUGACGAUCGCGUUUCAGAAAAGCAAGGUCUUGUGCAGACAUAUGAUCAUCACCUAAGUAGUAUUCUGGCUCUGAAGUAUUUCCCUGAUGGUUCAAAGUUUAUUUCAUCCUCCGAAGACAAGACGGUAAGAAUCUGGGAAAACCAGAUCAAUGUGCCAAUAAAGCAAAUAAGUGACACGGCUCAACAUUCUAUGCCAUUUUUAAAUGUACAUCCAUCUCAUAACUAUUUCUGUGCACAAAGUAUGGAUAAUAGAAUAUAUUCUUUCAGUUUAAAACCCAAGUAUAAGAGGCAUCCAAAAAAAAUAUUCAAAGGGCAUUCGUCGGCUGGUUACGGGAUAAGCUUGUCAUUUUCCGGUGACGGUCGAUACAUAUGUUCAGGCGAUUCAAAAAGCAGACUAUUUACAUGGGACUGGAACACAUCGCGUUUAUUAAAUAACAUCAAGAUUCCAGGCAAUAAGCCUAUAACUCAAGUUGACUGGCACCCUCAAGAAACAAGUAAAGUCAUUUGCAGUGGCGCUGCAGGUAAGAUAUAUGUAUGUGACUAG